UAGCAGCUCGGCAACAAGAUGGCGACGCCGGAAAGAUCACCGGUAGGAUUCAUCCUCAGAGAUGGAAGAGAGGACCGGCGGCGUAGCAGAGCUGCAUAAGCUCUUGAACACAAAGAAACAACUAAGAAUCAAGGCCCCUUAAGGACAAAGCCAUCGAUUCAUGUAUUAUUCAGGGCUUGUUAGGAACUUUGUUUUAACGCUGAGUAAACGCCACGUGUCCUCCUCCUCCGGCCUCGGUUGUGGCUCCACCAUGUUAGUAACCCCACUCCCAUCACAGUUCAACCAGAGCAUGUUCAACAAUGUCGUUGCCUCCAACAAGCUCAUCGCCAAUUACCUUCGAUUGGGUGACAUGGAUUCUGCUCUCCAAGUGUUUGAUAAAAUGACAGUGAAGAGCACCGUUACUUGGAACUCUAUCCUUGCUGGCUACGCCAAGAAUCUUGGGAAUUUUGAAGUUGUACGCCAAGUUUUUGAUAAAAUUCCUGAACCGAAUAGUGUGUCUUAUAAUAUCAUGCUGGCGUGUUAUUUGAACAAUUUUGGCAUCCACAGAGCCCGUGCUUACUUUGAUGUAAUGCCUGUGAAGGAUACGGCGUCUUGGAACACGAUGAUCUCAGGUUAUGCUCAGAUUGGAUUGAUGGGCGAGGCGCGCAUGAUGUUCUUGGCAAUGCCAGAGAAAAAUACUGUCUCAUAG